AUGGACUCGAACGAACUGCGAAACCUGGUCAACGACGAGAAUAUCCAGACUAAGCUCAUCCGCAAUCUGCUUUUCUCCGAUUGCAUGGUGUACGGUGGUAAAACUCUUUUCGAGCAAUUUGACCCAGACAUCCAGCGGCAGAUCGAGCUUCUCUGCGUCGAAAUCAAAUCCAUUCUGCAGGAAUGCGUUGACCUUCUUGAGCGCCGAUAUGGUGUUUCCACGACCUGUAGUAUUUCCAAAGAGGAUAGUGUUUGCAAAGAGUCGCCAGCCAUAUCUUUGCUAAACGUAUCUACCUUGUCGCUCUCGCGAAGUUGGUCAAGUUCGUCUGGCACAUUGCACAGCCUGUCACGGAAUCGGACCAGCACGUCUCUCCCGGGACUCCUUAGGUGGUCUCUGCGCGAUAAAAAGCGCGUCGAGGCUAUUCUGCAAUCGUUCAAGGAUCGCAAUUCCCGCUUGAAGAAGAAGGUGGAGCUCUGGUGUCUCGCAUCGCAACUGGGCGUUUCACCAGAGCAUUUGAUGCAUCUUCAAACAGACGAGUCGUCUAGGAGACUUGGAUUCGAUCAGGAUGCAUCGUUGCGUCUGGCUCAAUGGGACGCGGGCAAGAUGGCCGAGUCCCUGGAGCUUCUGGAUCACUCGUGGGACGCACAUCUCAAAGAGAUCCACCCAGCCGACCACCAAGGCAUGUUCGCCAUGUUCACGAAGAAUAAUGUCGCCUAUAUCCAGGAGAAUCAUCGCUACAAUCCCAUGGUCACACCAGCCACAUCUAGGUACGAUGUCGAUGCGCGGACCAGGGGGCGGAUUGAGUCUCUUGCCAAGCUUCUGCAUCAACCCAAGGAGCAAGUGUUUCGCGUCCUUCCUUGUGUGAGGUGGAAAUAUUUGCCUCGCCAAGGCUCGAUCGCGUUUGUCUUUGAGGUCCAGCCCAAGCCUAUAGGAGCACCUGUUAGUCUUCAAAGGCUGCUCUUCAACAACGACCACCGCCCAGAACUUGGAGACAAGUUUCGCCUUGCACUUGGUCUCUCGAAAUGCAUAGCUCAGAUACAAAUGGUCCAAUGGCUGCACGAGAGCUUCCGAAGCGACAAUAUCCUGCUCCUGCCCCAUCAUGUCGAUGAUGAAAAGGUGGGCACUCGUGUCGCAGUGAACUAUCCAGAGCCAUGGGUUCUUGGAUUCGAGUUCAGUCGCCCAGAGCCCUUUUUCUCUGUGGGACAUUUCGACUUUGAGCCCACUCGCGACAUUUACCGCCAUCCAGACCGCCAAGGCCAGCCCACAGAGAUGUUCAAGAAGGUUCACGACAUAUACGCGCUGGGAGUCGUGCUGUUGGAGAUCGGAUUGUGGGAGCCGGCCGUUAAACUGGAGAAGCACAUGUUCUCGAAUGCUAGCAAUCCUCGCGCCGUCCAGGCGCAAUUGAUCAAGCAUGCCCAGAAGAGGUUGGAGUCACGUGUUGGACGAAAGUAUAAAGAGAUUGUAUUGAAGUGUCUUACGGGGGACUUCGGUGUAGACGAUGAUACAAAGGAAGAUCUGAAACUUCAGCAAGCAUUUAGAUAUCAGAUCGUUGAUGUGAUUGAAAUGGCUGCAAAUUAUGUUUAA